AUCCAAUUUUGUUUCCUAUUUGUCAAUAACCCAACGAAUUAAAGAAGAUUACAAGAACUCCAAAACUUCAGCCGUAUGUCUCUACCUGAACUCCAUUGAUGAAGCUCUCUCUUUCUCUUAACAUCUAGAGCUGAGUACAACUCCCAAUACGAUGGAGUACAAUUACAAUUACAAUACAUGGGCCGGAAUACCGCCAAGCCCAACCUUAUACCCUAACCCUUCAUCACUGACGAUGACGGACCUCGAUCAAUCCGUGCCUCAAAACCCUAACCCUAGUUUGGUCUUUGGUUAUGGACACUUCAAUGGUGCUACUAGCUCCGUGGAAGCAACGAUGGUAUACUAUCAGGACCCGAAUGUGGUGCGACUUUUGGGAUCAAAUGGUCCUUUCAGGCUUGGUGAGGUAGCUGCAGUGUCCCUAAAUGGUGCAGAGAAUUUGACUCCUGCAAAUGUAAAUUCCAACUUGUUUAUCCAACCUCCGAGAAGUGGGUCUUGGGGAAUAGGCCAAAGGAAAAUUAAGGUACAACCUGUAUGGUGUAAUGUUUGCAAACUUGAAUUUAACAGCAAAACUGUUCUUGAGCAACAUGAAUUAGGCAAAAGACACCAAAAAUGUUUGGAUAAAUUAAAAGGAGGCAGUGUUAUCACAGCUCCUACUUCUGUCCCUCUUGUUGCUUCUGCAGCGUCAGAGAACCCACUUGUUGGACUGCAAGAGAAGCCUAACAAGGUGAAUUCAGCAAAUGGACAAGAUUCAGUGGAGAAGGCCGUUAAAGUGGUUGAGAAUUUGGAGACAAAAAAACGAAAAGUUUUGGAAGGAGGAGCACCCACAGACGAGGUCCGUAUUUGUGUUGCUUGCAAUGUGGUUUGCAACAGUGAGACAGUUUUCAAAACUCACCUCAUAGGUAAAAAGCACAUUGCUAACAUAAAAAAGCAACAGAAGUCUGUCUCUGCUUCUCCAUCACUUGUUCCUCCAGAGGACAACACAUCUAUUGGACCACAAGAGAAGCCUGUCAUAGCAAAUUCUGGAAAUGGGCAAGACGCAAUGAAGAAGGAAGCUGAGCUGAUUGGGAAAUUGGAGACCAAGACACAAAAGAUUUUGGAAGGAGGAGCAGCCACAUAUGAGGUCCGCAAGUGUCUUGUAUGUAAGGUGGUUUGCAACAGUGAGACUGUUUUCAGUCAUCAUCUCGCUGGUAAAAAGCACAUUGCUAACAUGAAAAAGCAAGCAUCUGGAGUAGCCCCUGCCAAUUAGAAUGGGAAUUCUGAUGGAAAUUUAGAGGAGAGGGCGCUAGUUCUUGUUUCAUUGUUCAUGUUUCUUACAACCGAUAUGAAAAGUUUACUGUAAAUUAUAUUAUAUGCAAUAUGUUUGAUAGUAAUUCCUCGCUUGAAACCAAUAGAUUUCCUGCAAGUGGGGGUCGCAUUAGCUUUUAUCAAAGUAGAUCAUAAAGAAGUGCUGCUUUUGUGUUGGCACAUUUCCAAUUUCUAUAUAUGGAACUUUCUUGCAACACAAACAAA